UUUGAGUUGGAAAAAGGAACUGGCUCAUGCACUUUCUCCAAGGAGCGCUGGGAAUAAGAAGCUGAAUCCAGAAGACUUCGUAAUCAUGGUCAUUACUAUGGAUUACGGGAUGAGAGGCCAGGACCCUAUUGAUGAAAUUAAUUUCUACAGCAAGUAUGACCAUACCGGGGCGAGGAAGAGGAAGGCAUGUAAGGUGUCCAGGAUACGCCCAACGUGCUUUUCUGAGAAGUUGAUCAGGUUUUACUGCAAGAAGACUGAUGACAAGAGUUUCAAAAAGGACAAGGAGAAUUUUGAGGAGUGGUGCAGGAAGAAGGAUUUUCCAGAGUACAGUGAAACACAAGAAGAAGAAGAAGAAGAAAAGAAGAAGAAGAAGAAGAAGUAAUAAUGAUCAAGAUCAAGAUUUUAAGAAAGUAAUUAGGCUGUAAACAAACCAUAUUAACAAAGUUUUCUGGUUUCAGACUCUUGUCCCUUUUAUUGCUUCGUUAUGAUUUAAAAUUGUUAAAAAUAUAUAUUCUAUAUGAUUAGUAUAUUAAUGAGUAAAGUGUAGUAUGUAGGCACAAUUUUCCCUGGAAAAACAAAUGAUAGCACAGAUGAAUAAUAAUAAUAAAUUUUUGGUUUGGGGAUUUCAGAUAUUUAUGCUGUUUGGUUUUGAUGUUUAUCAUGUGGAUUAAUGUGGAAACAUGAUUAGAUAUUUUGAGUGAUGUUUAAUUAGUGGGGGUGAGUAUAUUAAUGAGCAAAGUGUAGUAUGUAGUCACAAUUUUUCCCCAGAACAAAUGAUAUACAAAAGGAUCCAUCACUGCAUCAUCAGGGAAUGUAGAGUACUUGUUUUUGUUUGUUUGUUUGUUUUAGAUUGAUCAUUUUGAAAUCAGACUCCAUUCUCCAUCUGAAGCUGUGUCUCAUUUUUAACAGCCAAAUCAUACCAUUAUGUAAUUCUGUUGUGAACAAUGAAUCAUGGUUACUUAAAAUAUCUUUGUGUGACACUGGAUAUGUGUGUUUUCUUCAUAUUUAGACUUCUUUGUGUAUUCCUUAUAGUCAGAGCAAGCUGUAAAGCACUACAGGAUGUUAUCUAAUUAAUUUUUGGUUUGGGAAUUUCAAAUAUAUAUGCUGUUUGGUUUUGAUGUUUAUCAUGUGGACUAAUAUGGAAACAUGAUUAGAUAUUUUGAGUGAUAUUUGAUUGGUGGCAGUUUUUGGUGGUGGUUAUUGUGAUUGGUUGUUGGUCAUUUCCUCACCUACAGAAUUUAUCAUUACUUAUUUACUGUUGAUUUCUUCAUUUAAUUUUAAAUGUUUGUUUUUAUUGGUGGAAUUAUUUUAUCCUGAUUUUUGUCUUUGUUUUGAAUUAUUCUACCUUUUGCAACUGGCUCUUGAGAAGCACUUUGUAAUUCAUCUAUCAAUCAUCUAUCAUCUAUUUAUGGUUAGAAUGACAUAGACAAACUUUGUGUAUCACUGUUUUUUGCUCAUUGUGUUAAAUUAUUAUAUUCUUCAUAUGUAAUGGGGCUAUAAAGGGAAAACUGAUGAGGUUAUUACAACCUUUAAUGUUAUUCAUAUUCAACAGAUUGUGUCUGUAAUCUCUAUCU